CUAUCCCGGCACAAAGCAGAUGCAGCACAAAUGCUAGCUGACUCUGGUCUUCUUCUAAGAGCAGUGAUGGGAAAUCUGGGCAAAGAAUGUGUUGUUUUCGCUAAUACUGCUCUGUCAAUUUCAGACGAUAAAGUGUCAGCUAAUUACCCCCUGGGUCCCAGGCUUUCACUGGGGCCUUCUAAAAUACACAAAACCAAAGUGAAGGCAGGACACCAUUAGCACUACAUAAUCCAAGCAAACAAUAAAUGUGUUUACUCUGCCUGACUACUGACUGCCUGCCUUCCCACCCCACAAGGCAGGUAUCUAUAUAUAGGAUCUCCUUGUUCACAGGCCUGCAGAGAGGGAGCCUCUCCUUUGCGCAUUGCCAUCCGUGAAUCUCCAAGAAACUUGGGCCCCUGAUAGCAUGCAUCUCCUCCUACUUCAGCUGCUGGUGCUCCUCCCUCUAGGGAAGGCUGCAAGGCACAGAGGUGGCCGCCAGAGUCAGAGUUCUGUUUCUCUUGCGCUCCUACACAGGAAUCGCAGAGAGCUCCUCGUGGGCAACCACGAGGAAGCAGAGGAGAAGCCAGAUCUGUUUGUGGCAGUGCCACACCUGAUAGGUGCCAGCACUGCAGGGGAAGGCCAGAGGCAGAGAGAGAAGAUGCUGUCCAGGUUUGGCAGAUUCUGGAAGAAGCCUGAGAGAGAAGUGCACCCACCCCAGGACUUGGUCAGUGAGCACUUCCCACCAGGGACCCAGGCCCUUACUCAGCCAAAGGAUGGGAUGCAGAUGAAGAAAUCUCCUCUUCGGGAAGAAGCCAAGAAAUUCUGGCACCACUUCAUGUUCAGAAUGAGUCCAGCUUCUCAGGGGGUCAUCUUGCCCAUCAAAAGCCAUGAAGUGCAUCAGGAGACCUGUAGGACAGUGCCCUUCGGCCAGACUGUCACCCACGAACACUGUGAGAAAGUAGUUGUACAGAACAACCUUUGCUUUGGGAAAUGCGGGUCUGUUCGUUCUCCUGGAGCUGCGCAGCACCCCCACACCUUCUGCUUCCACUGCUCGCCUGCCAAGUUCACCACAAUGCACUUGCAGCUGAACUGUACUGGCCUUGCCCCUGUGGUCAAGGUGGUGAUGCUGGUGGAGGAGUGCCAGUGCAAGGUGAAGACAGAGCAUGAGCAUGGACACCUCUUACAGGCAGGCUCCCAGGCAGAAUUUCAUGCCCAGGAUCCCUUUAUCCCAGGAUUUUCAACUUAAAAAGCUAUCCCACUAUUACCUUUGAAAAGCAAAACCACAAUAGCAAAGUUGCUGAUUAUUCAGUCUGGAAAUAUUUAGUGGGUCUGUAAUAUUUUAAGGGAAAGGUGGUUUAAAAAGUAGUAAGAUAGAACAGUUUAGAGGAAAUUGUAUUCAUCUGGUUAUUGGUACACAUUUGGGAUCUAGCCUUGGCUCUGCCACUAACUGGCCAGAGGAUGCUAACAAGUUAACAAGUAGAAAAGCUUGCUCCACCUCGAAUUUUUCUUCUGUAUAUGAGGGAUGUGAACUAAAUGCUUGCUAAAGUCCUUUGCACUACUAUAAUGUUCCAUGAUCUAUUGUCUCCAAGUUUUGGUAAAAGUCUUCUAUCUGAAGAAGGAAAAGAAAUAAACUAGACCAUAAAAAUGGGCUUUUUUAAUAGCUUGUCAAAGCACCA